AUGUCUUCAACACGAAAAUUGACGCGUCUAAAUCCUAAGUUAGGAAAGAAAACGAUAUAUAAGCUAAAUUGUUUUCCACGUACACCGGUUAGCACAACGAAAGAAUUAUUCAGUCGCACCGAACUUGAAUUGGUAGAAUGUUGUAAUUUUAAAAUUGAAACCGUAAGAAAUCUUCAAAUACGAGCUGCUAGAUGGAUUACACCAGAAUUCGUAUCUGUGAUGGAUAUGAUCAAGGAAAAUUCUUCACCAUUCUUGGCAACUUCAUUAAAAGGUUUAGAUGAGGCUUUAGGUGGAGGAAUACCAUUCUCUUCCAUUACUGAGUUCGUUGGUCCGACUAGGUCUGGUAAAACACAGUUUUGUUUGACACUCUCAGUAUUGGCGACGUUACCAGAAACUAUGGGUGGACUUGGUGGAGGGGUGUGUUAUAUAGAUACUGAACGAAAUUUUAACGCGGACAGGCUUAUAACGAUAGCCGAGAAUCGAUUUCCUCAAUACUUUGGUAAAGAUGAACAAGGUCAAGCCAAUCUUGAUAAAAUGGCAUCAUCCAUCCGUAAGAUGGAUAUUACAUCUUCAAAAGAUUUGAUAAAAAGAUUGGAUGAACUUCAAGAAUUCAUAAUUGAAAAUGAUAUUAAAUUAUUAAUAGUAGAUUCCAUUGGGUCACUUGUUAGAAAAGAAUAUCAAAAUCCCGCAAAGCAAUAUGGAUGGGGAGGGCCUUUGGUGGAAAGAAAUGACGUAUACUUGGCUGAAUCGUUUCAUAUACCUAUAGUGGUAACAAAUCAAGUGAUCACUAGGAAUCAAAGUGAAACCGUAUUACCAAAAGAAUGUUCUCGUCCGGUAAAAAAGUCGCGCGAAGGAGGUCCAGAAAUUACAGCAGCUUUAGGAAAUACUUGGGCACAUUCUGUUACAACACAAUUAACCAUUGUAAAAUCUCCUAUUGCUGCAAAUGUUACAAUUUAUUAUACUAUUGAGAACGAAGGAAUUAUGGAAUUCAUUUCGUCAAAAAACACAGAGGACAACCAAAAAGUUUACAUUGUGGAGGAAAUUAAUAAAACUGACGCAGAACAAAGCCAACUAUCGAGUAAAAAGAGAAAAUCUGACGUUGCUGAAUGGUUUAUAUCAACAUUGUGGGCAUAA